GCUCUCCUCGCAGAGGCUGUCUUUCUACAGUCUCAUUGGCGCUCUUCGAUGCAUUUGUUUGAGCUGCUUGGCAAUCUGCAUGGCUUGCUGUUGAGUGAAUUGCUGAAUGAGUGGCCCGCACGCACACAAGCCGUGCGUGCGUGGCUCGCGUGCCGUUCUUUCUCUGCUCGACGCUCGAAGCUGCCGUCGACCUGGACGGACGGACGGACGGGCACAAGUGCGAUGCAGGCGCGGCAAGUUGUCUCACGUACCUUGGAAGCGUAAGCGGAGGGGGAAGGGGCGGCGGGAGCGAGGGGAGUGGACGGGCUGGACCCUCAGAUUGACUUCUGGGCCUCCAAGCAGGCGGCCUCGAGCAGCAGCAGACGUCGCAGCAGCGGCAGCGGCAGCGACGGCAGCAGGAAGAUUAUCGUUGGCUUCGUCCUUCUUUACGCCUUGACUUUGGCUUCUUACCAUUGACUGCUACCAUCAUCCCUUCAUCUUCGUGUGUCCAGCCCCUCCCAUUCUCUCUUCGUCAUCUUCUCUGGACGCCUCCUUUGAGCGCUCCUCGUAUCCUCAUCUUCCUCUCGCCAGGGACGCUGCCCAUCCUCCGCCUCCGCCUCUUAGG